CAAUAGCCAAAGAGAGCCUGUCGAGCGGAUUGUGGCAGCGGGAGGAUCGGAGAGUGAGCAACGCCAAAGUACAAAUGCAUAAAACGAAACUGAAUCUAUAACUUAGAGCCGGGUAUCAAGCAAUUCCCCUGAAUGCGGACGUAUUCAGGACACAAGCACCAAUCCAAUCCAAUUUAGACGCAGCAACAGAAGCAACAGCAGCAGGAGCAGCAGCCUCAACAGAUCCCCCAAACAAUUAGAUUAGCCUACAGCAGAGAGAUAGAGAGACAGACAGGCAGAGCUCUGUAGCCAGCAACUCCUCAACUCAACGUAAUCAUCAAAUUUUGUAAGCGUAACGGAGAGUCGUCGUAGUGGCUGCAGCACGCGUAAGCGUCCAUAAAUCUAGUUAGCAUGGAGUGCUGUUUAUCGGAAGAGGCCAAGGAACAAAAGCGCAUCAAUCAGGAAAUCGAGAAGCAGUUGCGCCGCGACAAGCGAGAUGCGCGCCGAGAGCUUAAAUUGCUCUUGCUCGGCACGGGCGAGUCCGGCAAGUCAACGUUCAUCAAACAGAUGCGUAUUAUCCAUGGCAGCGGCUACUCGGACGAGGACAAGCGUGGCUACAUCAAACUGGUCUUUCAGAACAUUUUCAUGGCCAUGCAGUCGAUGAUCAAGGCCAUGGACAUGCUUAAGAUCUCCUAUGGCGUUGGAGAGCAUAGCGAACUGGCCGAUCUGGUGAUGAGCAUUGACUAUGAAACAGUGACCACAUUCGAGGAUCCAUUUUUGAAUGCCAUCAAAACGCUAUGGGCCGAUGCAGGCAUCCAGGAGUGCUACGACCGUCGUAGAGAAUACCAAUUGACAGAUUCAGCCAAAUACUACUUAAGCGACUUAGAGCGCAUUGAACUGCCCGACUUCUUGCCCACUGAGCAGGAUAUUCUGCGUGCUCGUGUGCCAACCACCGGCAUACUAGAGUAUCCAUUCGAUUUAGAUGGCAUUGUGUUUAGAAUGGUGGACGUGGGUGGUCAGCGAUCGGAGAGAAGAAAGUGGAUUCAUUGCUUUGAGAAUGUGACAUCAAUCAUAUUUUUGGUGGCGCUAUCGGAAUACGAUCAGAUCUUGUUUGAAUCUGAUAACGAGAACCGAAUGGAGGAGUCAAAAGCUUUAUUUAGAACUAUUAUUACGUACCCUUGGUUCCAGAAUUCAUCAGUUAUUCUCUUCCUGAACAAGAAGGACUUGUUGGAGGAGAAAAUUAUGUAUUCGCAUUUGGUAGACUACUUUCCCGAAUACGAUGGUCCACAGCGAGAUGCAAUCGCGGCCCGCGAAUUCAUACUGCGAAUGUUUGUAGACUUAAAUCCAGAUUCCGAAAAGAUUAUCUAUUCUCAUUUCACCUGUGCUACAGAUACUGAAAACAUAAGGUUUGUGUUUGCAGCUGUUAAGGACACCAUUCUGCAAUCGAACCUUAAGGAAUACAAUUUGGUCUAAACUGGAUUUGGACCAGUAAACUAUUUUUGUGAUUUUUACUAUAUAUAUAUAUAGAUAUAUAUAUAUUUAUGUAUAUAUGCAAGCACACCCCACGCAAAACACAACCCAAAAAAAAAACAACAACAACAACCAUGUAUAUGUAUAUAAAUAUAUACAUUCAUAAUUCCUUUUUCGCAUAUUAAUUAAACACAAAAAACAAACAAAAGAAAGCGUGAGAAGCGGUGGAGUACGGAUGUGGGGCCGAACACUAAGCAUAAAAUAGACCCAAGACCCAAGAAAGUUUCGUAAAGUAAAAAUUGUAAUAUCAGGAACCGAGAAAUUGUAGCCAAAAUAGAGCAAGAGCAACAGCAACAGCAACAUAUACAUACAGCUACUGCAACAGGCAACAACAAGAAAACAACAACAAAUUUGUGUUUAAUGAGAGAAAUGAAUUAUGUAAUAACACACAAAAUCUGAUACAAGUACUAAUAAUAUUUAAACAAAUUUAUUACUAUAGAAGAAACUUUUGUAAUAAAAACCGAAACAAGAAUAAAAACCAAAACUAAGUAACUUACAUUUAAUCAAAAUGCUUAGAGAUCGGAACAACAAACGGAAACAAUUUUUGUCGUACUGAACGAAUGCCAGAACAAGACAAAACCAAAAGAACGCAAAACAUUUACUGAAGAAACUGCAAAAAAAAGGAAAAUGUAACCUACACACCAGAUACAAGAACUUUUGCAUAAAAAAAACCCCCCGAAUAAAUAUAUAGAGAAUGCAUAUACAUAUAUACCGCAAAGAAUAUAUAAAUGUAUGUAUAUGUUUGGGUGUUUCUCAUAACAGUUUCGAGGCAUAUUGCAUAUAAGGAGUGUAAAAAUAUACAUACAUAAAUUCAGAUAAUACAUGCUUAAGAGAAUGAAUAAUAAAAGCAAAAUCAUGCAUAAUACUGUAUUUUGUACUAGGCUAAACCGUAAGACCGUAAAACCCGUAAAAAGUAAAUAUUGCGACAAUUGUUUACCGACAUACAUACAUAUUUAUACAUACAUGCAUAUACAAACAAACAAACAAACAUAAUACAUAAUACAAACAAACAAGAAAAUCAUAAAUAU